UUUAAUGUUUGAACACUUUCUCUCAAGGUUUUCUAUACCUUCGUUUGGGAAGCGCGUUGUCCAAAUUACGAAAGAUCACAGCAAUGUCCAACAAGCGUCCUUCAUUAGUCCCUCAGAAAGGACCUAGUUCUUUUAAAAAACCAAGGUAGUUUUUGUGCAGUGAUUUUGUGCAACGUUUAAGCCUACCAAUUGUAGAUAUCGUGGUAGUUUCGAGAUAAGAAUAUCUCAGCAUUAGCAUCGAGAGUACACGUGCGUGUAACCAAACUCAUAUGUGAUGGACCUAACAUCAAUAAAAAUUAAGGGUUAUUUAGUGAUUAGUACCAGUCUUGUUGAAAGUAAGGUCUGCACGUCCAUUGGAAAACCAUUGUGUGACUUUGGAAAAAUGCAUAUGCAUUUUUCAAGAUAUCUUGAGUCCAAAAAUUUUGGUUACUAUUAUUAAUAUUAACUAGGAUUAGGGUUGGGAGUUAAAAGUUAGGGUUAGGAUUUAUAGUCGAUUUUUUAUCACGAACUGACAGUUAUGAUGUCGAAAUGCUAUUUAACCUAACCAGUGGGUGAACUAGUCCCCAAAGUCUAAAGCUCGUUUUCUUAUCUGAUUGGUUCGCCCACAAACUAUUACCUCGCCUGUUUUUACCGUGCUAAAUAAUAUGGCUUGAUUUGGGUUCUCAUCUCGUAACACGAUUUGACCCUUUUUAUCGUUAAGGCUCGUACGAGGCAGUCAGUAAAAGGGUGUUUCGUAUUUCUUUGCAAAGCAGUUGAACCGACGCUUUUACAGUACUAGACCAAAUCCCAAGUUUCUUCGACAGUGAUUUUGGUUGGAUGGUGUUCCAUAAGUAUUAUGGUGAUCAGUAGUGAAGGUGAUGCACCAAAUCCAGGUUUGGCAAGUAAAUCAAUACAGUUACUUAAGCUUACAUCAGGUGAAUCAAUCUAACCUGACCAAUGUGUCAUCGUGUGAUAAGUCACAUAUUUGUUGGUUAAUAGGCUUGCUUAGGUUAUGAUUAAUUAUAUCAGGAUGGAUUAUACAGACUUAUAUCAGUUUGACAAGGUAACCACGAUGAUACUCCAGAACCCUCAAAGUUCGAGCAGGAACUAAUGUUGUUGGAUGACAUCGAGACUGAAGAUAUAGCUUUGGUGGACGAAAGUUCUGCUUUGUCUCAUCUAGACUUUCUAACGAAUUCGCAUUGGCCAAGACGUAGGUUGGAGAAGUUGGAUCCAAAUAAGGACAGUAUUAUUUUCCAGCAGUUUGAUGUGUCACAUUAUAAAGGUGAACAUCUAACUGGUAUGCCUGGUGCUACUCAAGGUCCUGUACCAAUUAUACGUUUGUUCGGUAUAACUGAAAAGGGUCAUAGUGUAUGUGCGCAUGUGCAUGGUUUUCUACCAUAUUUCUAUGUACCAGCACCGAAAGAUUUUUCAACCGAUCAUUUGAAUGCUUUUCGUGAAGCCUUAAACUCUAUGUUAUUAAAAGAGAAGUCAAAAGAGUUUGAAGGAUUGCAACACCUCGUACUUAGAGUUACAUGUGAAGAGAAACGAAGUACAGACCAUCAUGCGGUCUCUGUUUACCAAUAAACCAUGUUGGAUAAAGUGACAAUAUUUGACUUUGGAUGUAUAUGGUUUUCAUGGAAAUCGUAGUCUACCAUUUCUUCGUAUUACUUUGGCAUUGCCACGUUUAAUUGCACCAGCUAAACGUAUAUUAGACAAUGGUUUAUCAUUUGCUGAUUAUUCAUUACAGUCAUAUCCUGCUUUUGAAGCGAAUAUUGAUUUUGAAAUACGUUUUAUGACUGAUACACAAAUGACUGGAUGUAGUUGGGUUGAAGCACCAGCACAGAAAUAUCACUUGAGAGAUUCUACAAAGAAAUCGGAUGAUGUGAAAAAAUCCAUAAAUCAAAAAUUAAAUUCUGUUAAUUCUUCAACGACCUCUACUACAAAUGGUUAUAGUAGUGUUGCAAAAAAUGGUGUUGAUGAUCACUCGACAUUGUUAACUAGUCAAACAAGAUGUCAAAUUGAGUUUGAUAUAGCAUGGGAUGCUUUGAUUGUUCAUUCACCUGAAGGUCAAUGGAGUAAUAUUGCACCAUUACGUGUACUGAGUUUUGAUAUUGAAUGUGCCAGUCGUAAAGGUGUAUUCCCUGUACCUGAUAAAGAUCCAGUUAUACAGAUUGCUAAUAUGGUUACUAACUAUGGGGAAACAACACCGUUUAUACGUAAUGUAUUCACAUUGAAUACAUGUGCACCAAUUGUUGGUUCACAAGUUAUUUGCCAUCAAACGGAAGAAGAACUGUUAGCUAAUUGGUCACUGUUUGUGCGUGAAGUUGAUCCAGAUAUAAUCACUGGUUAUAAUAUACAAAAUUUCGAUCUACCUUAUCUUAUUAAUCGUGCUAACACCUUAAAAGUUGAUGGUUUUGGAUUUCUUGGUCGUAUACGUGGCGCACGUUCUACAAUACGGGAAGCUAUGACUCAGUCAAAACAAAUGGGUCGUAGAGAGAAUAAAUUUGUAAAUAUUGAUGGACGUGUACAGUUUGAUUUAUUACAGAUAUUAUUUCGUGAUUAUAAACUUCGAAGUUAUACAUUGAAUGCAGUGAGUUAUCAUUUUCUUGAAGAGCAAAAAGAAGAUGUACAUCAUAAUGUCAUUACUGACUUACAAAAUGGUGAUGCUCAAACACGAAGACGUUUAGCUGUUUAUUGUUUAAAAGAUGCUUAUUUACCAUUACGUUUAUUAGAUAAAUUAAUGUGUAUUGUAAAUAAUAUUGAAAUGGCUCGGGUUACUGGUGUACCAUUAACAUACCUACUUACACGGGGUCAACAAGUCAAGGUUGUGUCUCAGUUAUUGCGUAAAGCGCAUGAACAUGGUUAUUUAUUGCCAACAUAUCAGUCGCAACAGGGUGAUGAAUUCGUCGGUGCAACAGUACUGGAACCACGCAAAGGUUUUUAUAAUGAACCGAUAGCUACAUUAGAUUUUGCUAGCCUAUAUCCAAGUAUAAUGAUGGCUCAUAAUCUAUGUUAUACAACUUUGUUACAAGUGAAUACAACACCACAUGGUUCAACGGGCGGUGGUAUUCAAGCACUUGUUCAACGUUAUAAUUUAACUGAUGAAGAUUAUAUUAAAACACCGACUGGAGCGUAUUUUGUUAAAUCACAUAUCUGUCAUGGUAUUUUACCGGAAAUUUUACAACAGCUUUUAAGUGCCAGAAAAAAAGCUAAAGCUGAACUUGCUAAAGAAACUGAUCCAUUACGUAAACGUGUUUUAGAUGGACGUCAAUUAGCAUUAAAAAUUAGCGCUAAUUCUGUUUAUGGAUUUACUGGCGCGCAAGUUGGUAAAUUGCCUUGUUUAGAAAUAUCCGCUUCUGUUACAUCAUUUGGACGUUUAAUGAUUGAACAAACAAAAUUACAUGUUGAAAGUAAAUUCAAUAUUGCUAAUGGUUAUAAACAUGAUGCUGUGGUUAUUUAUGGUGAUACAGAUUCAGUGAUGUGUAAAUUUGGUGUAUCCACAGUAACGGAAGCUAUGGAAUUAGGUCGUAAAGCUGCUGAAAUUAUAUCUGAAGAAUUUCCUAAACCAAUUCGAUUAGAAUUUGAAAAGGUGUAUUGUCCAUAUUUAUUGAUCAAUAAAAAACGUUAUGCUGGUUUGUAUUUUACAAAACCAGAUCGUCACGAUAAAAUGGAUUGUAAAGGUAUUGAAACUGUACGUCGUGAUAAUAGUCCAUUGGUGGCUAAUUUAAUCAAUGCAUGUUUAGAGCGUAUAUUGAUUGAUCGUGAUCCAAACGCAGCGAUUAGUUAUGCCCAAUCAGUGAUCUCAGAUUUAUUAUGCAAUCGUAUUGACAUUUCACAAUUAGUUAUUAGUAAAGAAUUAACAAAAACCGAUGAAGAAUACUCUGGUAAACAAGCUCAUGUAGAAUUAGCUGCAAAAAUGCGUAAACGUGAUCCAGGCUCAGCACCAAAUUUAGGCGAUCGUGUACCGUAUGUAAUUACUGCUGUAGGUGGGAAAAAUACAGCAGCUUAUGCAAAAGCUGAAGAUCCUCUUUAUGUAUUAGAGCAUAAUAUACCGAUUGAUACAAAGUAUUAUUUGGAGAAUCAAUUAGCUAACCCUUUACUACGUAUAUUUGAACCAAUUUUAGGUGAAGUGAAAGCAAAAUCUGUACUGUUAAAUGGCGAACAUACACGUGUAAAAGCUGUGGUACACUCAACUGUUGGACAAUUGUCAGCUUUUACAAAAGUACGUGCAUCAUGUAUUGGAUGUAGAACAUUAUUACCUGCUGAUAAAACAGACGCAGCUUUAUGUAAAUAUUGUGAAUCACGUGCAUCAGAAAUUUAUCAAAAAGAAAUUGUACAGUUAAAUUUAUUAGAGAAAAAAUUCACUUCUUUAUGGACAGAAUGUCAACGUUGUCAACAAAGUAUACAUGAAGAAGUUAUAUGUACCAGUCGAGAUUGUCCAAUUUUUUAUAUGCGAAUGAAAUCACGUAAAGAUGUCGAUGAAGCAUAUAAAACAAUUCAACGUUUUGGUAAUCCUAAUUGGUAAAUCAAUAAGAAAAAAGGAGUCACAUUCAUUGAAUUAGUCUAAUCCAUUGUAAAAAAACAAAACAAGAAUAUCCUUUAAGAUCAUUUUAUCCAUAACAUUUUCCUCUCAGGUUUUGUUUAGUUCUCUCUUUAUUCCAGAGUUCAAAUCUUUUUUUAUUAUAUUUUCUGUUAUAAAGAUUUUUUUUUUUGGUAUUUUGAAAAGUGCAUUUCCAAAUUAUUGUACUUCACAUUUUCAUUGUUUAACAUAUUUUUUUCUUUAUUGUAGUGCACUUUGUUUUGUUAGGAAUUAAAAAAACCUAGGCGAUUGAACACAUUCAAAGUUGGAACAAUUAGGCGGACGAAACGUUAUCAGUUGAGAUUGCUGGGACACGUGUUACGUAUGCCCAAUCAACGACUGCCUCGGCAUGCGAUGUUUUACGGUGUAGGAGUAGGUUGCAAGAAAGCUAGGGGUGGCCAGACCAAAACAUGGCACAAAUCCAUGAAGUCACUAGACAAGUGAACUGAGCCGUGUUAGUAGGUGUAGACUACCUCGAUUGGAUCCGCAAGACGAUAGCAACCGAUGGUUAGAGACCCUGAAUGACAUGGGUCAAAAUCGUUAGUAAUGGUGUGAGCAGGUGCAUCCACUCUUUGAGUUCUCCCAAAUUCUAAUCUCUUGAUUCCUCCUUGUCUUUUUUCUCUUCCCAAAUUUAUUUCACUGUAUUAUACUCUUUAAAUAACAUCUUCAAACCCUUAUCUUUCCAAUUACUGCUUAGACUCUUACCGCCUCUACCACUACGGGAUUUGAAUCGACAGCUGGAUCUCUGUGCUAAUGUGGUGUGGCAACUCGGACUGAUGUACGUACGUACGAAUUUCUAAAGUUGUUACUGACUGACUGAUGGACAAAUCAAUCAGAUUUAAGAUAACAAGUUUUGAAUUUUGACACGAAAUUCACUCAUCCAUUUGACUAAAUUCAGAGUCUUGGCAUUAUAGCUGAUGUCAGUUCGUAAUGAAAACCUAUAUAUCUAAUUCCUAACAUUAAGCGUCAACUGUAAAUCACAAUUCUAAUUUCUCACACUAAUUUAUUACCUUCAUUUGAUCCUAGUUAUCAGGUGGAUAGUCUCAAGGUCAGUCUACGUCGUCCAUACAUUAUAGUCCCACCCAAGUAGGCUAUUCAACUUAAUAAACUUCAUGUUUUUGAAGUUACUAGAGAGAAUGGAUAAUAAUGGGAUAACAGAACUUCUUAUUGUUUAUGGUAAAUAUGUAAGAUUCUGAUUGGAAAAUAAACGAAUUAUAAUCCAUAUAAAGAUCAAAGUGAACUAAUCUAGUGGUGGACGUUUAAUGCUGGUAUUGGUGAAUUCAUUUAUUGAUCACAGCACAAAUUUGUACGUUUAAAGAUAGGGAUGUAAUUAUAUCGAUGUCCUCCUAAAAUGUCACCCUCAUAAGAGCAUGUAUUGAAAGGAUAUGCAUCAAUCAACCAUGUUCGGACUUCAGAAAACACCAAAAAGGCGACUUAACAGUGUAAUUUAGGUCUAAAUAUUGCAUACGUUUGUAAAUAUUUUUUAGCACUCUUUAAUAUACGGAUUCAUACUGUGCCGUGUUGGUUAUGCAGUUGAGUAUCGAUCUGUUUCCAUAAUCUACAACUAGUAUCCUGGAUCUAAGCAACAAACUUUCCAAUUUUCUAUUUGUUUAGACUGAAAUCCUUUUAUAAAGCACGUUUGGAUGAGUGGGUCCAAUAAGUUAUCUAAAGCCUCUCUGCCUCAUUGCUCGUUCUAAUCACUCACUACCAAAAAAUCAGCGUCUUUGCUGUCUCCUAAGUACUUUUAUUCCAUUAUGACGAGUCAAAAAAACAUGUAUUUUGGGACCGAGGUCGUAACAUUUUGUAGUCCUAAAUGCUUCACUUCAAAAUAAACAUUAUUUUACAUCAGAGAUUUUGAGUGCUGUUAGAGGUAAUGAGGGCGGUUAUCACUUCCCGACUGCCCACACCGUGGAAGGGUUCUUCUGGAGGUACCUGAAAAGGAAAUCGGAUUAGAAGUGGUCUUAGUGACCUGGGAGCGUGACCGCAGUGCCCA